AAACGACCGCGACAUCUAGAAUGCGGCUGCGAAUUUAUACAGUAUAACCGCCAUGACAGCUGAUGCAUUUCGUAUCGCUUGACGUUUGGUCAGAACAUGUCAUUUUGCACAUUUAAUUUCAACAAAUGGCAGACUUCUUUUUCGGUUUUGAUACGUCACUUGCAAAUAGCGGUUUAGAGGAUGGCCUCGAGUGUCCGUUUGAGGAAGAUGAUCUUGGAGAAGAGGAAGAAUAUGAUGCUUUGAAUGAUGAAACGUUUGGUUCUGAAGCCACUAUUGGCGACUGGGAGAAGGACCAUGAGAAACUCGCAGAAAUUACAGAAUCCAGCCGUCAUCAGGGUACUUCGGACAAAAAAAAUGUAGUAAUCGAUACAAAUAUCGAAGAUAAUUUAUCCCAUUUGGUACUAGAUGAGAAAGAAGGUAUCAUUCCGCGUCCUGGAGUUUGGGAUAGCCCUUCCAACUUAGCCCUUCCUAAACCCAGACCACCGUUAACUUUACCAUCCACUUUAACCAAUGUUUGUACUGUUGAACAAUUGGAGAAAGGAUUCAUUGCAAAUAGGAUACCACCUAAAUUGAAUAAACCUAUUCAGACACAGCAACAACAACAACCAAAAUCAGAUGGAUCGCUUUUGUUUGAAUCUUUGUCUGCAGCACCACGCUUUCCACCAGGCUUGGGUAUGCCACCUCCACAUCCUGUUGUUUUACCACCAAACAUGAGAUUUCCUCAUCCUCAAUUUUUACAACAUCCUAGAUUAUUACCCAAUCAAACUGGAAAUGUACUAAGAUACCCUAUAGCGGCCCAUUAUGCGAUGUUGCCUCAUACUUCUCAGAGGCAACCAAUUCAUGGUUCGUUUUGCAAUAAUUUUCCUCAACCACCGCUUUCGAACUUAUGUCCUCCUCCGUUCUUACGAGCAGACCAUAGCAUAAUACCUCCUUUCUCUAGCAAUCAGAGUAGUCAUCAGCAACAGCAACAUUCUUUUUCACACUCUGGAAAUCAAAGAAAUCAAAAUAGAGUUUUUCAUCAUGGAGAACAACAAGGAAAUCAUCAACCAUUUUUUAAAAAUAAUCAGUAUCAUCGUAACCAUGAUCGAAAUAAUCAACGGCAUUAUCAUUACAAUCACCACUGUCAAGGAAUAAAUGGUGUAAUAGGUUCGGGUGAACCAUACGAUGACUACGCCGGUCUCAUGAGUAGUCGAGAGAAACAGUGGUUAAUUAAUAUUCAAUUAUUGCAACUUAACACAAACGAGCCGUAUGUUGAUGAUUACUAUUACAUCGUUUUCUGCGAUAGAAGAAACAGACAAAGUAUAAAUCAAGAACAAAAAGAUAAAAAGCAACACAAUAAUAAUAAUAAUAAUAGUUAUCAUAGAGAUACCAGAGAUCGUGAACAACCACAUCACGUACUUUCAAAAUCCGCAUAUACGCCAACACAGUUUGAGAAUUCUUUAGGAAAAUUACAAUAUGCGAGUGUUAUAGCGCCACGUAAAGUUAUUGAUAUGGAUGUUGUACCGAACAGCGAUCCUCAAUUAACUACCCAAAUACAGCAAAAGGAUACAAAACGAACAAGACAAUUAUUACUGGAAAUUGAAAGGUUAUAUAUAAUCCAAUUAAAACUUGAAGAUCUACACAAUCCUUUGGCUCUGCUUAGUGAACAAAACCAACAACAAAACCAAGAAGGAGAGACCGAAGCAAAUAGCCAUAAGAAAAGUAGUUCAGAUUUAAUAAGUAUGAUGUUAUCGGCUUUUCUUCAGUUAAUACAUGAUGAUAAAAUAGCAAGCAUGCUAAGUAUUCGGAAAGGGAAGACGCUGUUAUUGAGGUUCUUGCCAUACUUGAAUCUAACGGAACAUCGUAAUCAAUUAGAAGAAUUAUGGAAUGCGAUAUUCCGAGGAUUAGCUAUAAUAGGUCGUAGAGAUUCUCACCUAUUAAUAAGCCUUCAUUCCGAAUUUCAACGUUGGUUCGAUACUGUGCACGAGUUUGGUACGAUGCUUCGACUAGCUCGGUCACUAUCCGACUCCGUUAGUCAACCAAUCAAGAACAACAGUUUAGCUUUUGCUCUAACAAACAAGUUUGGUGUAUCUGUAAUUGCUUCGAUGUUUGAACAAGCUGAAAAAUUAUAUCCCACGGAUGAUUCUUUGUCUUCGGAAUGGUCAUCUUUCAUAGUACACAUCAUCGAAAUAAUUGGUGAAACUCCACCCUGUGUCGCACCUUGUCGACCGAUUGCUGCAAAUACGCUAAAUCAGCAUUUAAAUCGACUAUCUCACUUAAAAUGCGGAAGAUAUACAACUCUGGAACGUCUACUAACUGAUGCCAAUCCUUCUCGAUAGUUGAGCGUUAUUAGAUAUUUUUUUGGCAUUUCAUUAAAACCUGCUUUUUAUUAUUAUUAAUUGAAUGACAAAUUACAUCGCAGGAGAAUCGCAAAUAUUUUAAUACUGUUACGUCAUUAAGAUUAAUCAAAUAUUUCUUGCAUAUGACUAAAUAUUUUAGUAUAAUCGAUACCCGAGUUUCACAUAGUAAACCUAUGCCUUUUGUGUUUAUUUCAAACACAAUGGUACUUAUUAUGUCGAUAAUAACAUAUUUUUGCUUAAUAUCCUGUAUGAUAUUUAUAGUUUUUUUUUUUUUUCCUCAGUUUACUACGUAAAGCAGGUAUUGAUUAUAUGCAACGCAUAAUCUACGCGUCUUAUUUUUCUAUUCUCUUUGUUCGUCAUUCUCUUCCUAUUUACCUCGUUUGCUUCUGUAAAAUAUCUUUCUAACAUUUUUUAAUUGAAUGUUUGAAGUAUAUUGAUUGAACUUCGUGUCACUAACAUCAUUCGUUAAUCGAAUUCAUCAUUGUAGUUUAAUAUACUACGUAAAAUACUUUUUAUCAAGAAUAUUUUUUUCCUUGUUUUUUCUUUUUCCUCCUUGUUGUUCGUUUCUUUUUUUUUUUUUAAUACAUUCUAUUUCAAUUUUUUUUUCAACUCAUUUUUUUCCAUGGCGAACGGGGAAAAAGGGAGAGCGAUGGUCUUUUUAUCUUCGUUUGUUUCAAACCAAAAUACACUCGCCAAAUAAAUGGCAAUGAUGAUGUACCCAUAAACGUGCAGAUAAGACAGAGAGAUUGUGUUGAGGUAACUGGUAAAUAAUUAAUUUCGUGAAGAUUUUGAAUCAUGCUGUUAUAAAGUCAUUUGUUAAUCAGGAUUAAUUAAUAAGAUAAUCUUUAUGCAAGAUUCACAUUUAUAUGAAAAUAGCAUUUUUUAUUCGUUUGCGUCGUAUCUUUGAAAAACCACAGCGGUCGUAUAGUAUAAUUACGUAAGUUUCUAUAUGAAGAGCUAAAGGACAAUGUUUUUAUGUAUAAACAAUUAACAUGUUGAAAACUUGAAUCGAUAAACAUGUAUAUAAUUAUAACGUGGACAUUACAGAGACACGCGAAUUCACUUUGUCCAUCGUUUAUUCGCCAGUUAUUUCACAAUAUCUGUUCGCAACGAUUUAACACGUAUUUUAAAAGCAGAGUUGUCGAAUAAAAUAUUGCGUACCUCGUAUGAGUGGUCGCAAAAAUGAUGGUGGCAAGUAACGAGAACAUAGAAAAGCGAUUUAAAAUAUACGACGAUAUGGCCUUUGGUGCACAGUAUAAACGGUUACUUUUUUUAUUGCAGUAUAUAUUUAUAAAUUCUUAUGUACAUUUAGCUUGUACAUAGAACGACUCUGAUGAAUGGAUGACUUCAUAUAUUUUAUAAUCGGAUGCGAAAAGAAGAAUUUAGUUUUCGCUUCCAUGAUAUAACAUUAUGUCAUUUUUGCAAGAAAAAAGAAAAAAUUAUACAAAUUAUCUAAAAAAAAAAAAAUGGAUCGCAUUAUUUUUCAAUGUGUGUAGUGAAAUCAAUCGUGAAAUCAACAAGAUGAUUCGAUAUUUGAUUUAAAAUUAAUAUAUAUAUAUAUGUCGAAUUUAUAUUCAAUUAUGCAUUAUGUUGCAUUGCUACCCGACACUAAUACUCUCUCCUUUUGUAGCAUAAGAUUUCAAAUGUUGCCAGUUACUUUCUCUUCCUAUCAAAAAUAUGUUUCAUCAUAUCUAACCGUACUGCCUCUAAGUUUCACGAGCUUUUACAAUCUUAGUAAUUUUGGCAAAUUUUUGGUCCAUGAAUUAAUUACCACGACACAAAUUAGUACUGCGAAACAAAAGAACUAUCGUUUACGUGGUGGACCGAGACUAGUUGAAAUUUCAUAAGAAACGAGAUAUAUCUUUGUCAUUUGUAAAAUAAUGAUCGAAGGAUAUGACCGAGUUGAAGCGAGCACCUUUCGAUUCCUUACUCUCGGAUGAAAGAUAUUUGUUGAGACUGUACAAAUUUUUUAAUCUUUGAAAUUAAACUGUAUUAUAAAGUUUAA